CAUUGUCCUCGUGGUUACACCUCAUUGCCAAGCUUCAACUCUAAAAGGCAGGAUCUUUGUAUUUCAGAACAGUUACGCUCUGAGUUAAAAAUGUUUGGACGAGGAUCUGGGCCAAUUUUAGUAUUAAGUCAAAAUACUAAGCGAGAGAGCGGUAGGAAGGUACAACUAGAAAAUGUGCAGGCGGCGAAGGCAAUUGCAGACAUCAUCCGGACAUGUCUUGGACCAAGAGCAAUGUUAAAGAUGUUAAUGGAUCCUAUGGGUGGGAUUGUGAUGACCAACGAUGGAAAUGCCAUUUUGCGGGAGAUCACUGUACAACAUCCAGCAGCUCAGUCGAUGAUAGAAAUUAGUCGUACACAGGAUGAAGAAAUUGGAGAUGGGACAACUUCAGUGAUCAUUUUAGCUGGAGAGUUAUUAUCUGUUGCUGCACCUUUCCUUGAACAGAACAUUCAUCCUACUGUGAUAAUCAAAGCUUACCGCCAAGCACUUGAAGAUCUUGUUGAAAUCUUACGAGAAGUGAGCUUACCAGUGGACAUUAAUAACCAGGAGCAAAUGACCAACAUUAUUAAAAGUUGUAUUGGAACCAAGUUUAUUGGAAAAUGGGGUAACCUUGCUUGCCAGAUUGCCCUAGACUCUGUCAAAACAGUUUUUAUUGAAGAAAAUGGAAGAAAAGAGAUCGAUAUUAAACGUUAUGCCAAAGUUGAAAAGAUACCAGGUGGUACAAUUGAAGAAUCAAAAGUUCUCAAUGGAGUCAUGAUAAACAAAGAUGUUACUCAUCCGAAAAUGAAAAGACGCAUAGAAAAUCCCCGAAUCAUCCUCUUAGACUGUCCUCUGGAAUACAAGAAAGGUGAAAGUAUGACAAAUCUGGAAUUAUCAAAGGAAGAAGACUUCAGCCGAAUCUUGGAACUAGAGGAGGAAUACAUUCAGCAGGUCUGUUCUGAUAUCAUUCGCCUGAAACCUGAUGUUGUGUUUACAGAAAAGGGAAUUUCUGAUCUUGCCCAACACUUUUUUGUGAAGGCUGGAAUAUCAGCAGUUCGGCGAGUUCGCAAAACAGACAAUAAUAGAAUAGCAAGAUCUUGUGGAGCAACAGUUGUGAAUCGCACUGAUGAAUUGAAAGAAGAAGAUGUAGGGACAGAAGCAGGAUUGUUUGAAAUUAAAAAGAUUGGAGAUGAGUAUUUCUGCUUUGUCACUGAGUGCAAAAACCCUAAAGCCUGCACCAUCUUACUUCGUGGAGCUAGUAAAGACAUUCUUCAUGAAGUAGAACGAAAUCUACAAGAUGCGAUGUCUGUCACAAGGAAUGUGAUGAUUGAACCAUAUCUCCUACCUGGAGGUGGUGCUGUAGAGAUGGCAGUAAGCCAGCUUCUGCUAGAAAAAUCAAAACUUAUGACUGAUAUUCAUCAACGACCAUAUCAGGCAGUUGCUAAAGCUCUUGAAGUUAUUCCACGAACUCUAAUACAAAAUUGUGGUGCUAACAUGAUUCGUACUUUAACUGCUUUAAGGGCAAAACAUGCUAGUGCCGGAAACACCACUUGGGGUAUCAAUGGAGAAACUGGUGAGGUGACAAACAUAGUUGAACUUGGCAUAUGGGAACCUUUAGCUGUCAAGCAGCAAGCGUACAAAACAGCAGUAGAAACUGCUAUCUUGCUUCUUCGUAUUGAUGAUAUUGUGUCUGGAUCUAAGAAGGCUAAAGGUAGUGAUGACAGUCCAGCAGCUCCACAGCAACCAACUGAAGAGUCCACUAAAGACUAACACAUUAAUGCUUUUCUACUUCUCAGAAAUAUAACAAAUGCCAUAAUUCAUCUUAUCUUUCAUUUCGUUAUUAGGAAAGUGGCAUUUUCUCCUCAGUAAUCACACAUUUUAUGGCAAGCAGCAGUUUUUAUAUAACUUUUAAAGCUUGUAACAUAAGUUAACAUUAGUAAUGUUUAUUUGAAAUUAAAUUUCUUGGCUUCAAAAAAUA